UGAAUUCCCAGCAAAUAUGCGCUUUCCUUUCUCUUGCCUCGCCCUACUUGCAGCAGCUACGUCUGUAGUGGCUAACGGUAUUGUCACGCUUUACAUGCCCAGUGACAGCGACGAUAAUUCUACUAUCGAGAACCUUUCAGGCAAAGUUGUUGGCAUCAAUGGCUCCACGACAUCAUACGUAUUCAACUGUCCCUCCAAUGCCACAUUUGCGCCUAGUCCUACCGCGAUCCCUGCUUCCGAUGAUAACUCAAUCCUUGACACCUGCGAUAUGACAUUUAUCCAAGGCCCAAGCUCCCUGCAGAUUAAUUAUCAAGACGCGGCUAUGCUGAGAUGUAAUCUUGGCUCCAAAAGUGCUACAUGUUACGAGACUGUUGAUUACCUUUCGGGGUCAGUGACCAAGAGCGAAUCUAUUGCUACCGAUGUGUCGCCUAUUACCUCGACUGUGGUCACUAUCACAGCGACGGAUGCCGCUGUCACGAGCUCGACUCCAGCUUCGACUAAGGCUAGUGUUACUGCUGCUGUCAGUGCUUCGUCAACUGGGGCUAUUUCGUCGUCUGGUGGUGCGAAUGCCUCACAUACGGAGAACGCGGCCGUGGCUCUGCCAACAAGACAUGCCUAUCUGACUGCCGGGGGUGUGGCUAUGGCUUUGGCUGCAGCCGUUGCUUGAAAUGGGGUUACAGCAAUGAUGAUGUGGAUCUAGCCCUUGUGGAAGAUCGAGCGACCUUGGUGGGUGUGGCAUAAUGAAUUUAGACUUGUCAACUGUUAUUGGCCGCUUAUUGACUUUGUCCCACUUGUUGAAGCAUGGAGC